AUGGCACUCGACUAUCUCCCCUCAUGGGGCCAACUCCCCGCCGAGCAAUAUCUAAUCCAAUUCUGGAACCCCGCAUCUACCGAACAACCAUCCACGCAACGCGCACGCCUAGUCAAGCAAUUCCUAAAUCUCGACCAGUUGAACUCAGACUGGGACCCAACAGAUGGUGCUACCAAUCCAGACGCUCAACCCGCCCGCAUCCCGACUGAAGAAGAAAUAGCUAUAAUCCUUCGUCCUUGGCGGUCCGAUCAUAUACGUCGACUAGCCUGGCGCGUCUGGGAGGUUUAUACUAAUAAAGGUGGUAAUAACCCACUCCUGCUGAGGACGUGGUAUAACCCUGAUGAUGAUGAGCGCGUGAAGAGUUGGGCGACGCUCUCGGAGGAAUUCGCCGAUGAUGCGGACUGGGCGCUUCUAGAUGACCGCGCCGUCUUUGAUUUUGGAACUGGUCCCUGGCAGCAGGUACUCGAGAUUUUGCCGGAAAUUGCUGUCCGUCUUUCUCAAGAUAACCAGUGGGUCCGCCGAAAAGAUUGGCGCGUGAAUGAUGAAUGUGGGUUCUACUCUGAUUUUAAGGAAGAGUUGAACGAGGUCAAGCGGUCGAACUCAUCGUGGAAAAACGACUUGAAUAUUCUCGUUAAAGAGAACGCUGCCGCGCAGAGUUACUUGCAUUAUAUAUCAAGGAGCUACAUCUUAAUCGCGGAUAAAGAGGCUUUUGAGACUGAUCACUUUUUACUCGCUUAUCUUGAUACGAAAGGAAGAGUUACGAUGCAGGGGCGGAUUCUUAUCGACGAAGAUAGACUAGGUGAGGUUUCGUUGGAGUGGUUUGAAGGAAGGGCUCCGGUGGAGGUUUUUGAGGAGGGUGAGCUUGGUGCAGAAUAUGUUGUGGCUGCUGGGAAUGGAGCGGAUCGUGAUGUGUAUUACUGGACGAGGGAGGAUUUGGAGGAUGAUCCGCCGCCAUUUGGUGAUGAGGAGGACCAGCUCUAG